AUCAGUAGUUCAGCGGGGAAAAUCAAUAACGGCCAAAAAGUGGGAGCCCCAACCAUAAGCGCGUAGACUUUCACGAUGGCCGGUAAGAAGAAACGUGCUUCGCAACGCAAAUCCGUUCAAUUUGCGGCCGCCUCGAAGUCGAAAAUUUCCAACGACAGUAUAUAUCCCAGUUAUUCAAAAUUUAAGUUAACCUACCCCGUAGUGUGUCGCCAGCGUUACCACCAGGACAAAGUGCGGUACGACAAGCAGUUCGAGUACGAAUUGAAAAUGUUGGAAUUGAUGCAGAAUUCGGCCUACGAUUCGAUGCGUUUCCACAGACACUUUGCCAUAACUACGCUGUGGCCACCGUUGCACACCCGGAAGGAGAUUGAAUACGUGCUGGACAAAUUUUUCCGCUUACCGGACAAACAGACCCGUCGCUUGCACGACAUGAUGAACGCUCCGGUGUGCUAGUGUAUCGUGAAUAGCUAAUUUGUCCGUUGAAAUAAACGUCAAAUCUAAA